ACUCUUGAAAGAACAUACUCACAUGCAAUUAGAGUCUGAGAGAGAUAAUCAUCAAUCAGAGAGCAAUGGAUGUGAAUGUUGUUUUUCCACGCUCAUCAGCUACCAUGCAUUACCCUGUCUUGUUAUUGUUAGUUCUUCUCUCUAUAUCCAAUUCUUGUUCUUCUGCUGUUUCUUCUUCUCCUACCAAUAAUUACCAAAACACCCCUGAUAAUACACAAACGUAUUACUACAAAAGCUACAUAAAAAGCUCAUGCAACACAACAACAUACCCUUCGAUUUGCUACAAGAAUCUUAACCGUUAUGCUUUGUCCAUACAAGCAGAUCCUUUUCUGCUCUGCAACACUUCACUCGGCCUCGCCUUUAAGGCGGCUCGCUCCGCCUCCUCCACCGUCUCCAAGAUCCUCAAGAACAAUAGUAGCAGCCUCACGCCGCCGGCCAAAGCCGUGGUUCGUGACUGCUACGGCAACCUCAAAGAUUCCGUUGGGCAGAUAAAAGAUUCUAUUUCUGAAAUGGGGAACUUGUAUGAGAGUAGCGACAAAGAUUUCAAGAUGAGUAACAUAAAGACAUGGGUGAGUGCUGCUAUAACGAAUUAUAAUACGUGUUCGGAUGGAUUUGAAGAACAGAGUGUGGAUGCUGAUGUUAGAGAUAAGAUCAAUAAGCUUGUUUUGAAUGCUGCGAGGAUGACUAGUAAUGCAUUGUAUUUCAUCAACCACCUCGUAUAUUGAUAU